UCGCUGAGUGGAGUCUUUUCGUUCUACCGUUUUUAUAACAGGAAGUUCAAAGCCGGAGACGGUUGAUCAGGAUGCCAGAGGCAAUGGCGGACGGUGGGAGGAGGCUCGUGACGAUUGAUGAUCUCAUCGAUGCAUUGGACAAGCGCGAGAGGGCGCCAAGCAAUAUCCCAAAGGUUGAGACAUUUCACUUCAAGCGGGAUCGGGUAUCUGACUGGUUGGAUCUGACAGAGCAGGUGUUGGUGGGGCUGUCAGAUGAGGUCAAGCUCCAGCGGGUCCUGAGGUACGUCCUGCAUAGUCACCAUCGGGAAGUAAGUAAGGUCGUGGAUGCCGCCGGGGGCAGUUGGACAAAGUUUGGGGACCCAAUGCGAAGGAAGUAUAGGCUGGGGGAUGGCCUGUUAACCAUGGCCAACUUGGAGGCCAUGAACAAGGAAGACUUUUCUACCAUUGGGGCGUUCGUGCACGAAUUUAAGGAAAAGGCGAGGAAAGUGCACGGGAUUUCUGAGGAGGCGCAGUGCGCCACAUUUUUGGGGCUGCUUACAGGCUCGGAGGCCACAGAGCUGACCAAGUAUGGGGAAGGGAGCGAGAGGCUCACCUGGGCAACCAUUGACAAGGGAGUGGAAGAAGGGAGCCUGGACCAGGUGGAGCAGCACCAAAUGAGGCUGCAAAGGCGCAAGAGGAAGGAGAGGGAUGCUACCGCAUCCGGGACCCCGGGGGUGAAGAGAAUUGUUACGGACGUGUUGGCGGUACUGGGGUAUGAUAACGAAGCAGAGAUACAGAAAAGAGGGGUGCUAAUGGCCCAAGGCCGGGCGUCAGGGGCAGUGGAUGAGGAGGCUGGGCAAGAAGACUACGGCGGAGGGGAGACGGGCUCCCAAACUAGGGGCCAAAGCAAGGCUACCGCUAGUCAAGGACCCGGCCAGGCACCUGGCCGGGCGCCUCCUCGAAUGGAACCAGAGCCUGAACGAAGGAAAGAGGUGGUGGAGGUUCAGGAGGAGGAAGAGGAGGGUGAUGACGAAGGGGAUGAGAGGCUCCGGCAGGAGGAGGACCAGCGAGCCGAGCAGAGGGCCAAGAAGAGAGGAAUUCAGGGAGGGGCGAAGCCAAGCCUGCACGAUGGCGUGCCAAAAAGGAAGAAGUACGCAGUCCGGCUGGAGGAAGGUUUUGACGUGGAGCGAAUGGUGGAUAAGCUCCUGGAGGGCCACAACGAUUUGAUGAAUCUAAAAGACAUCUUGGCGUCGGCACCGAGGCUCCGUGGCGAGUUGAAAGGGCGGCUCUCGCGAAGGUUAGUGCCCAACGUCCACCUGAGCUCAACUCUGCCCAGGGAGAUAGAGUGGACAGAGGCGGGCACCAGGAUGGACAGGAAGUGUGUGGCAUGUAUGUUGGUGGAUCUGAAUGUGAGAGACCAGCCGAGCAUCGCAAUGGUGGACACGGGCGUUGAGAUGAAUAUCAUCCGGGAGCGGGACACGACCAUGUUAGGGCUGGAAGUUGACCAUUCGGACCAUGGCGUGCUGCAUGGCGCCAACUGCAAGGCCAUUUUCUGCGGCACUGCGUCGAAUGUGAUGGUGGAGAUCGGGAGGGUAAGGGCGCGAACGUGCUUCUUCAUCAUGCCUGAUGUCGACCACCCUAUCCUUCUAGGGAGGUCGUUCCUCUGCCGAACAGAGACCUUGGUCUUCAACACUUAUGAGAGGACGAUGAUCCUGGCUCUAUCCGAUCCGACCUGCGGGAAUUACGAGAUUAUUAAGUGCCGAAACACAGGGCCCGGAAGUGCGAGGAAUAGGCUCAACCUCGGCUCCUUCACCUUCAAAGAGUCUGAGUACGCGCGACCAAGACUCCGGGGGGAGCAAGAGGAGGAAGGAACGGGUGAGGUAUUGUCCCUGAGCCUUAACGAUGUGAAUAAGGCAAUGGAGGUGGUGGCGACGCAUGAUAUGGCGGACCCUGAACCUAUAAAGGCAUUGAGGGAGCAGGUCCUAGAGAACCCUCAGGUGGGAGAAGUGGAACUGAUCUAUUUGCUUCCAGGAAGGAAACGGGACCCUGCGAUGGCCCAGGCCCGAACGACAAGUCAACCUUUUUUAGGGGAGGGCUUAAGCAGGGCUCCCAAAGGCUGGUCGUGCCGUAUUAAUGACGAGAACGAGGAGGAGCUGAUAAUUGGCGAGCCUGGCUUCCUUUCGCCCCAGGAGAGGACCUUGAUGGUGGAGACCAUGAAGAGGUGGCAUUGCGCGUAUGCGUUUAAUGGCGACGAGCGUGGAAGGUUGGACGUGGAUAAGAUUCUAAUGAUACGAAUCCAUACCGUCCCGCACGAGCCGUGGAACCUGAGGGGCGAGCGAUAUCCGAACCCGGACGAGGAGAGGAAGGUGGUGGCCUACCUGGACGGAAAGAUGCGAACGUACGUGGCAGACUACUCUAGUGGGCUGUAUGCUUCCCCUUGGUUUUAUUUUAUUAAGCCAAACGGGACGUUACGGCACAUGAUUAGGGUCAUGCAGACGGUUAGUCCACAUAUCACUCAGCCCUACAUUGACGAUUUGGUGGUCAAGGGUCCAAAGGAGAAGGAGGAAGACGAAGUGAUGCCGGGAGUGAGGAGAUUCGUCUGGAAGCACAUCCAGGAUAUUGAUCAGGUUCUUGGUCUGCUGGAAGAACACAACACGACGGCAAGUGGCCCCAAGUCGAAGCAUUGUAUGAGGGAAGCCACAAUUCUAGGCUUUGUCUGCAACGAGAAAGGGCAGAGGCCAGAUGUGAAGAAGACGGACAAGAUCCUAGAGUGGCCAGUCCCCUUCCAGUCGAUAACGGACGUGAGGAGCUUCCUUGGGACCUGCGGGUUUUUGAGGCGUUUUGUGAAGGACUUCGCCACCGAGACAGAGCAUUUGAGGAAGAUGGUGCGUCAAGAUCAGGAAUGGGUCUGGGGCAAGGACCAGGAAAAGGUUGUCGAGAGGAUGAAGGGAGAAUUCAAGGAAGGAGGCUUAGUGCUGGGAGCGCCAAAUUAUGAGGCUACGGAGAAAAAGGACUUUUGUUGUCGGGACGGACCCUGGGCCAACUGCCUUGGGAGGGGUCCUGAUUCAGACAGAUGCGGAUGGGAAGGAGAGGCCGCUAAGGGGCCCGAGAGGGCAGCAGGAGGGGACGAGCAGCAUGAGCCACCUAGGCGGGAGCCUACGCCCGAGUUCGACGACGAUAACAUAGAGUUUUUCCUGGACGUAUAUCGGGAUCAUGCGGCACAGAGAGGGUGGUCAGUGGCGGAGAGGAUCCACCACUUGAAGGGCAUAGGGCGGUUUGAGGAGCCUGUCGCUCAGAUAUGUGAGGAGGCCCUGACUUGGCCGGACGUGGAGGCCGGGAUGCAGAGGUUGAGAGCUUCCCCUAGGGGGCGCGAUGGCAUGCCCAUUCAAUUGGAGGAGGGGAACGCGAAGGAGUUCAUUCCCGCAUAUGAGCAUUACAUGUUGAAUCAGGGGAUUGCGCGGGAGGAGUGGGUGCAGGCCCUACUUAUCUGGACGAGGGGGGCAGAGAGGCCGGUGGCCAAACAGAUUCGGGAGAGGGCUCGAGAUUGGGAGGAAUGUCAGGCCCAGCUCAGGAGGGCGUUCGGACAGCCAGAGCGCGAGAGGCACGAGCCCAGGGUCGAGAGGCGACGGUGGAGUAAGAGGCCAAGGGAGCCGGCACCGCGAGAGGUGGGGCUGGCCAGAGAGAGGAGGGCCCCAGCACAGCGGGAGGAUGAGCCCGUAGGGCCCGCACUGGCAGAGGAGUCGUUCCCAGCUUGUGGCCUCCGGGCAGUUGAGUUUCGGCGGAUUACGAGCGAAGAGUUGAGAUCGUCCUCACCGUUGCCAUCAGCGCAGGAGCUGUACAUAUCAAGAGAGACACCAUUCCGAAGCUUAGCGGCUCAUCUUGAUGUAUCUCAAUGGGAGGCCUUACGAUUGGGGGAGGGCUCAGUUGAGCUGACGGGCUAUGUGUCGUUGGAGGAGCCUUUGGACCUCGAGACGGAGACGGGCAGGCAAGACCGAGAGGAGCCCCUGGAUCCUGAGAUGGCAGCCGAGCAGCCGGAUCCGGUACGACCUCAGGGCGAGGAGGUGAUCACGGUCGGAGACGAUACCCCUCCAUGCUCCCCAGUUUCGGACCCAACACAACAUUCAUGGUCAGAGAGGAUUCCUGAGCGAGGCAGCGAGGAGAUUCCGGAGUUUUCCCCUGAAGCCACCGCUAUGCUUGAAAAGGAGGCAGAGGCGGAGGGUCAGGGAGUGUGUGAGAGAGCGAGGGUGGAGGCGCCCCUUGACUUGCCAUGGGCCACGCACGUGACCAAGAGCCCAGUUAUCGAGGAGCCUUUUCCAGCGGAGUUACCGCUAGCAGUGCCAUGCACGAACGAGGGGAUGGGGGCUGAGGCGUCGAAUCCGGAAGGCCAGGGGCCGCGAGUAAGAAGAACCCUAAGGGAGACCCGUGAAGAGAAGUCCGCCCGAGUGUGGGUCCGUCUGGAUGAGAUACACGCGAGGCAGGCUGAGAUGGAGGCAGCAGGAAUAGAGCCGACACCGCCGGUCGAGCCAGAGACGAGUGAGCAGAGGAUCGACGAGUUGUGGGCCAGGUAUGAGAGCCAGAGGGAUGCAGCCCGCCAAAGGUCACGAGAGACGGGACAGGCGGACGAGGGGGCGGGUGAGCUGAGAGAGAUGGGGGACUUGGGGUUCUCCGCGACCAGGCAGGCGAUUGAGCGCAUAGAUCGAAGGAUAUGCGAGACGGCAGAGGGGCCUCAGAGACUCAGCGCUCCAGAGCAUGCCCCGAGGUUGGGAGAGCUGAAGGUGGAGCUGGGCUCCUGGGCCACGGAGAUGGACUCAGGAGGGCCUGACUCGCGGCAACAGCAGCAGCAGGAGGUCAUGAGUGAGCCCAGCGCCAUGGUGGGCUCUCAGCCAUCAGGAUCAUGCGGGGAUGAGGCGGUGGUUGUGAUAGAGAGGGCUCAUAAGGAGGGACCCCGAGAGUUGGAUACGCCAGGCUGCAGACCAGUGAGCACAACCGUACGAGGGGGUGAGGGUGCUGAGGCUAUCGAGCCUGAACCUCAGGGCCAUAUGGGAUUGCCCUCGUGUCAUGAGGUGACUACUGAGACCAUCGGGACGCCUUCGGCAUCGAGGUCACAUGGGAGAAAGAAGAAGACUGCCAGGUGGCACGAUAUCUCCUGCUUUUGGUGCAAGGAGGAAGGGCAUAGAGCCGUGGACUGCCCAGAGCUCCUUGAGGAUAAGGCCGGGGGAUGAGUUGCGGAGUUCAACGACAAGUUUUAUGA